AUGAGGCUCGAGUUGAUCCACGGCUUGGUGCAACUCAUCGGUCACUCGUUGGGCGCUCAUUUGGCCGGCUUCAUUGGCAAAAAUACAAAAUCCAAAUUGGGUAGAAUUUAUGGCCUUGAUCCAGCCGGCCCAUGUUUUGGUGCCAUUACUGGUUCGCUAUAUCCAUCGAGCAAGCGACUAGCUCCAAGCGACGCCGAAGAAGUAGUCACAAUUCACACCAAUACAGCUCUGCUGGGUAUAGACAAGCCGUUAGGCCGUCAAUCGGUAUUUGUAGAGGGUGGAUCUGUGCAGCCUGGUUGCAAAGGUGGUGGAGUAUUCAAGAGCAUAAGCGCUCUAACUUGGGACGGCGGCGAUUUCGACACAAUUGCUUGUUCGCAUUCAAGAGCACCGAAUUUGCUCACCUAUCAACACGAUCAAACUGAGUCAGAUGACGACUGCCAGUUGGUUGCUUAG